CCAUGUGAGAGCUUCUCCCAUCACCCCAGCAGCAACCUCGAAUUAUCACAAGCUCCAAUCUCAAUCCCAAGAUGGCGCUACCGCUUCCUGAUGUCAAGUCGGCCGUGGACUGUGCGUCCUUCAGCCAGACUGUCCUACCCUUCUUGUCGCAGCUUACCACCCUGCCCCAGCAGCUGCAGGUCGCUGCGGCGACCAAGGAUGCGACCCUCCUGAAGGAGAUCUACCUCACCACCAACCCUCUUAUCUCGGCGCUUGGCUUGACCCUGGUGCUAUCUGUGCUGCUCGUCAUCACCUCUGAGAUCAACCGCAAUUGGUCCCAGGUUGAUCGGUGCUGGAGCAUCCUCCCCGCUCUGUACAAUGUGCACUUCGCUGUCUGGGCUCGCCUGAGCGGGCUGCAGACCCAGAGCCUGGACACGAUCGCCAUCUUCACGCUUCUCUGGAGUGCCCGUUUGACCUUCAACUACUGGCGCCGGGGCGGCUACUCGAUCGGCUCGGAGGACUACCGGUGGAAGAUCGUGCGCUCGUGGGUCAACGACAACCGCUUCGUCUUCUUCCUGUUCAACAUCACCUUCAUCAGCCUGAUCCAGCCUCUGCUGCUGCUCCUGAUCACCGCCCCGUCCUACAACUUCCUCUGCCUGGCGCAGAUCGCGGAGCACCGCUCGUUCGAGCUGCCCGACCUGAUCUUCUCGCGCGUCGCCUUCUUCUUUCUCCUCAUCGAGUACUUCUCCGACCAGCAGCAGUGGAACUUCCAGACCGCCAAGCAUGCGUACCAGCAGACCGCCCGCAUCCCGGAGAAGUACAAGGGCGUCUUCACGGAGGAGGACCUGGAGCGCGGCUUCGUGGUCAACGGCCUCUGGUCCGUCUCCCGCCAUCCCAACUUCCUCUCCGAGCAGGCCAUCUGGCUGACCCUGUACCUGUGGAACUGCUACCGCACCGAGUCAUACGUCCAGUGGACCGGCGUCGGCGUCGUCGGCCUGCUGCUCAUCUUCCAGGGCAGCGUCCGGCUCACCGAGUCCAUCAGCGCCGGCAAGUACCCCGAGUACCGCGAGUACCAGGCGCGCGUGGGCCGGUUCCUUCCUCGGCUGUCUGCCAAGCCCAAGUACAAGGGCAGCGGCAAGAAGAAGGCUCGUCGCCAGGCCACCGAGCAGGUCGAGCAGCCCGUUCAAGAAGAGAAGAAGAGCCAGUAAGACUAUAUAUCUGGCCUUUCGCAGCACUCUUCUGGUUAGAGCCGUAGGUGGACACGUUGUAUCAGUAUAGACGGCGUAACUAUAUCUUGGUGUCACAUUUUGGAAAGGAUAUGCUGCUCUUGUUUCUUUUCAAGUACUCAAUUCUUUUUCUUCUUUGAGAUCCUGUGCGGGGCUAGUUCCUGCGCCUUGGUCUUCUUUCUUCUCUUCUUGGAUGUGUUUUUGUCUUAUAUUUAGCUCAGGGAGCAGCAGGUUUAUCUGGCAUUCGUGACGGGGGCGGCGUUGAAAAGCAUAUGUGUAUAUGGUUGAAAAUACAAAACAAGUCAGAGAGGCUCUGGUUGUGGGCAAC